GAUUUUACGCAAGCAGCGGUGGUGUCCCACCAUUUACUAAAGAAACUGCGAAUUUCAAAGUGAAGAAAGCGCAAAACUUGUGGAAUACUAAGGAUCCGUAUAAAGUUGUUGAUGCUUAUACUAAAGAUUCUAUCUGGCGCAAUCGUGAUAAGUUCUUCACCGGGCACGAUUCAAUCAUUAAGUUCUUGAAGGACAAGUGGUCAAAGGAGUUAGAUUAUAGAUUGAGAAAGGAGUUGUUUUCGUGGACGGAUAAUAAGAUUGCAGUAGAGUUUUGGUACGAGUAUCACGAUCAUCAGAAGCAGGCAAGUAUAUUAUGGUAUCGUGCCUACGGUAUCGAACAUUGGACUUUUGAUAAGGAAGGAAUCAUGCAACUUCGGCAAAUGAGCGCAAACAACAUUCAUAUCACUGAAGAAGAGCGUUGGUUUAAAGAUGGUGUUGAUGUGGAUGACGUUGAGGUUCCAAUUUAG